AUGGGCGUCAAGGCUUCUAUCCCAUGGAGCGCACCCAGCGGAUUUCCUGCCAGACUCGAAAAGACUCGUGCCGCAAAAAACGCAGUUUGUCGGCGUGCUGGAGCCAUAAGGCCGUCUCGACAGAGAGCCAUAUUUGCUGAAACAAACACUACAGACGUGUCGAGCAGCACCGCUGCACCGCAAUUCACAAAGCCGUCCAUGGCUCCCGCGCCUCCUCUCCUCUGGGCACCACCUGCGAAGUCCACAGGCGCGCAGAGUUUAGGGUCACGGGAAAGCGUCGCAGUAUUUUCCCUCCUCGGAGCAAGCGCACCAAGGAGGGGUCCAGCAGCUCUACCUGGUCUUGCUUGGAAGGAAUGGGCAGGUUGGGGGGGGGAGGGGGGGCCUUUUCAAGUCCAGUGCACACACACCAUGCCUCUCAGCACCAGGCCGCCGCCUUCGGCAGUAGCUGAGGCAGCGACUUUCGCUGCUGCAGUGGCGCUUGAGAUCCACAAGCUCCCGCAGCGUCGUGUGGCCUUCGCAACUGGUAGCAUGCAUUCAGAAGCUGCAGAGGCUCAAGCAUCAAAGACAACACCGCACACCGUACAGCAAAGCGACCAGUCGGGGCUUCUAGAGAGGAGAUUGCAGCUCUGUAACACAUUUGAACCUUCGCUGACACUGCCCUCCUCUUGUGUCUGCUGUCUUGCCCUUUGCUGCAGCGCAGCGCUGGCCUCCUCAGAGCUGCAACAGCCACACCUUGUGCUGCAGCUAUGCCAAUCACUUCCUCAAGAUCUCCUAUGUGACUUUCCCCCCUCUCUGCUGCUUCUGCUGCACGAGUGGCAGCAGAAACAGCAGCAGCAACAGCAGCAACAGGGAGGGACAGAGUGUACUUCUUUGCUAGUGGCCUUAGCUACUGCACUUAGAAAACGGUGCGGGGUAGCUGAUGGGCUGCUGCCUUCAAACUCUCCUUCCGAGUCAGCAGCAGAAAUAACCGCACGGCAAGCAGCAGCAAGUGCAGCUGCUGAUUUUGCCGUGGCUGCUUUGGAAGCUCAAACCACAAUAUUGAUUAGACUGCGAGAGGCUCUGUUGGAGCCGUUCUUGGGGGUCCGUCAAUCCUCGCAUUGCUCGAGUUUUGCAGUUCAAGAAGCAGCGCGAAGGGCCGCCGGUUUGUUGCGUUUCGGCACUUUAGCUAAGGAGGCGGCUGCGGAGGAGGAGAUCCAAGAGCUUGUGCAGCAGCUCCGAGGAAGGGCAAGCCGAUGUAGCUGCCUUAGAGUGUCUUCUGGAGGCUGCAGCCUGCUGUCAGCUGUCCUUGAUGCGGCUCUGCAGGCACGCGUGCUGCUGCUGCAUCCCCAAAUUAUGCCGUUGGUUGUUGAGCUAACAGCGGCAGCAGCUGAUGUCUCGGCACUUUUUCAUUAUAGCAGCAGCGAAAUCAGCACCAAAGCUGCUGCUGAUGCUGAUUUUGCUGCUGCUUUCUCCCCGCUGUCCAACGAGCAGCUUCUGUCUGCAGGCCGUCAGCUGCGUGCAGCAGCGCUGCAGCUCUUCCCGCCUGCAUGCUUUGUUCUGCAACAGGAGCAGGAGGAUGCGCUUCUAGGAAGCUUUCCUCCACUGCUCGAGGCUCCAAAGGCAAACAAUAGUGGCAUGCCGUCGACAUUUCCCUCUCCGCGGCUGCUGGGAGGGUCUAUGACAGACCGUCAAGACGCGUGGCUCGACCUGCUGCAACAGCUGCUCCUGCUUCUGCCUAAGGGACGCUCGCGGCUUCGAUGGCUAGUGGCAGUCAAUCUGGAUGGACUGCUGCUGCACUUGUUGCUGCAGUCGCCUCUGCCCCUCUCCCGCCCGCUGCUACUGCCAGUGCUGCUAGAUGCAUGCGGAGCGCAGGAGGAGCUGCAAGAGCAGCAGCAAAGGGUUCCACUAGAGAGGAUGGCAUAUGUGGCUGCGGCUGCGGGGGCACUGGCAGACGGUUUGCGUAUGGCCGCUGCACUCAACUGUUUGCAAGUGCUUACAGACAGUGGAAGCUUGUGUUUUGAUGCGGCUUCUUUGCCACCUUCUGGGAACUUCUCCUCUUCUAAAUCUCUCCGUCUGCACAGUCCUGGCAGCGAGGAGCUUCCGCAGGUUUGCUUAUUUAAACACAUGGCAGAAACGCUUGGCUCCAAGCGGAUGCUCAGGACCGCUGAAGACGCUUCGGCUGAAGUGCUGCAGCUGCUGCUGCUGCUGGAAGAUCUGCCCGACGGUGCUGCGGUGUCUGACGGUGACAGCCGCAGCAGGAUGCGCAUCACGCAGCUCCAGGAUUCCUUACUUGCGCUUAUUCAGCAUACCACAGCCCUUGCAGCAGCAGCAACAGCGCCGCAUGCAACAGACGCGCCGCAUGCAACAGCGGCAUCCGAAAGGGCAGGCACCAGUCCAGCAGCUGGGGAGAUUUCUCCUGUGUCGUGCAGCAGCUGCUGCGAAGUUGGCAGACACGUCUUUGGCGCUUUGUUGCUUUUGGCAUGCCCGCGACAGGGGGUUGCUGAGCGUGUGUGCUCUCUGCUGUGCAGCAAGGGCUCCAGACGGCUGUUUUUGCUUCUGCAGCCAGACUGCUUUGCAGAGGCACUGACUCUCCUGGGGGAAAUUCCUCGCCGCUUCGUGCGCAACGCUGCACUUUUGCUGCUCCAGCAGCCGCCACGGGUGCAGCAGCAGCCGUCUCACGUCGCAGCCGCUUGCCUCAUGGAUGCCUACGAGCCAUCUGUGUUCGAAGAGAGCAGCCGCAAGCUUCAGCGGGAAGGAGGGCAAGUAGGUCCUCUGCUGCAUCAGCUGCCUUGGCACAAGCUUCUGCUGCAGCAGCGGCUGUUCUCAGUGUCGCAGCAGCAGCGACAGGAUGCUGCUGCUGCUCUGCGCGCGAUGCUGCAACUGCCACCUUCGCCGAAUGCUGACCCAGUAGGCAAGGCGCUGACUCUUUGGCAACAGAUAAGCCGCGAAGACGAGCUGAAACUCAGAAUUCAGGGGCUUAAGUGGGAGGAAGAGGAGGUGCGCCUCCUUUGUGCAGCAGCAGCAAACAGCCGACUGUGCUCCUCCACCCGCGUGCAGUCGUUGCACACCCUCCAGGUGUAUGUACACUCCAGCGUCGCGGAGGCGAGGCCUUUUCUGCGGCGUCUCUGCAGUAGCCUCCUCCUUAGCCGCGCAGGGCUCCCCAGCGCUGUUGCUGCAGCACCUCCUCUUCCUCCUGCUGCAGCAGCAUCGUGGGAAUCGGCAGACAGCCCCUUCUUACUCUCGCUGCUGCAGUGCUUGCUGCACGCGUCGCAGCGGAGUCUGCAGCAAGCUCCGUUGAUCGCCGCAGUAGCUCGCGUGCUGGCACUGCCGCUGCUGCUGCUUCCCCCAGGCGAGGCCGUGUUGCACUCAGUGAUUGCGGUGUACAGACAGCUCCUGGGGGAUGCGUUGCUUCUGCAGUGUCUGUGUGGGGAAGCCAGCGCCUCCUGCAGCUGCCUGCAGCUGCAGGCACUGCUGCUCUUCCAUCCCCAGCAGUCUCUCCUGCUCCCCCACCGCGUGUGCUCCCUAGGUUCGCAGCUCGAAGGGGUCUUGUCUGGGGAGACCCUUCCGCCUCAGGAAGCCUCUUGCUUGCUGCUGCCAGCGUGGCUGUCGCUGCGCCUGGACCUGCCGCUCCCCUGCAGAGUUAUCAGUGCACCCACUGCAGCUCAGGAAGCGUGGGAGUGCCGCAGGCACGACGCUGCCUUCCUCGUGACACGCCACCUCGCAGAAGCGCCUGCCGCCGCUCUAGAGGCAGCAGCAGCUUAUCUCGUGCUGAGCUCACCCUCCGACAUGAGCUGCCUAACCGCCGUGGCUGCUGGGCAAACAGCUCUCACGCGGCAAGCAGCCCACCGACUUCUGCUCCCUGCCUACCCUGAGCUGGGAGAGCUCCUCAGUAUUCUCUGCUCGCCACCGUUGCCAGCCUUGCGGCAGUCUCGCGCCAAGAGCGCCUCUCCGCUUCUCCCCCUUCUUCCUUCCCUCGCCCCCCCCCCAGAAGCGGCAGCGGCCUCCUCGAGCCUUCCAAGCGACUUCGAGACGUAUGCGGAGGCGCUGCAGUGCUGCAGGAAGAUUGUCACUGCGCUGCAGCUGCCCCGAGACGCCACACUGACGGCGUGCUGCCUUCUCGAGAGGAGACAAGACAGGCAGGCAUGCAUGCAACUGCCGACGCCACACACAGCAGACUGCCACUGCUAUAAGGCGCUUUCAACUUCCGUAGAAGCCGGGUUCUGCGCGCUUGCUGUGGCCGUCAGACGCUACGUCUACCCGUUCCUGCAGAUGCUCGCGCAACAGACGGCAGAAAGAACGCUUGAGGCUCAAGAAGCAGAAGAAGCAGGAGGAAUCGCAGCUCCAGUAAGGACCGGGGAUUUCCGCAGAGACAUCGAUCUCCUGUUGCUAGGCACGCAACUGUUGUCAGAACUACUUCCGCUUGCUGCAGCCGUUGCGCUGCCGCCCAACAACAUCAACACCAACAACAGUAGCAGUAGUAGCAGUAGUGCGCGAGGUGCUUCACAACAGUGCUGCUGCUGCUGCAGUGGAUGGCUCGCUCUGUCCGACGUCUCGCAAUUCUGUGGCAGUCUCCUUGGGGUGUCUACUCACCUUCCGCUGCUGCGGCGUGCAGCUCUGAAGUUCGCUGCUUUGACGCUGCGGCAUUCUCUUCCUCCACUCACCAGCAGCGGCAGCAAUAGCAGCACUAGCACUAGCAGCAGCAAGCUGUUUCUCAGUGAGCCGGCAGACGAGCUCUGGACGCUGCAUCCAGCGGCUCCCUUCAGCUGCUUUGGGGGCACCCACAGCAGCGUGCUGCUGCAGCUGCAGCUGCAGCAACUGCUGCACCUCCAUUCUCACUUGUUCACAGAAGGCUUGGCUCCGCUGCAAGAGCAGCAGCCUCUCGCUGACGCCCUCAUGGCCUUACGCGCAUGCGUGAGGCACAAUGCAUUUGCUGGCGUUGCUGCCGCGGCAGCUGAGGCUGCUGCAGACUGCGGGGGAGGGCUAAGCACCUCUGCGUGCGUCAGGUUUGAGCAGCAGCAGGAGCAGCCUCAAGAAGAGCAACAAGUGCAGCUGCUUGAGACGCAGGCGACUCUGCUCCUCGGGUAUCUUGACAGCCCUCACCCUGAGGUUCGACUGGCCGCAUGGCGGUGUCUCGAGAGCUGCCUUCGCUCUGCCGACAGUCUGCUGCAGCGUCUCCAGCAGCGGCAGUCUUCUGGAUCGGGGAGACAGCUGCUGAUGCGGCUGUACAGCUGCAUUAGUCGCGCUGCGUGCGACCGCGUUCUGGAGAGGGAGGGUCUACUCCCCGGAGGCUUCUGCAGCAGCUGCCCCAGCAGCCUCGCAGAGCAGGCGGAUGCGCUUGCCUGUCUCUCCACUCUCAGCAGCAGCCACCAAGGGAUGGACGCUGCGACUGCCCUCAAGGGAUUGACGGCCGCUUUGGAUUUGACGUGCUUCGCUGCUAAGACGCACGCAACCCCCAUCCUCCGACGCUUGCAGCAGCAGAUGCCGCAAGCCGCCGACUCCAACGCAGACACGCGCAAUGCAGCGACGGCAGACACACUCUGCAGAGGGAACAGGUCGAGCACUUUCUUGAUAGGCCUCGUCGAUGCUGUACGGCCUCAAAGAUUGCGCAUGAAAACGCCGAGCACAGACACCGCAGCAGCAAACGAAGAAGCAAACCAAGCCGCAGCUGCAGCAGUCGCUGCUGUAGGAACAAAAGGCGCUCCUGAGGCAUUCGCAGAAGCAGCAGCCAAAGUUGCCUUUUUGUACCUCCCGUCUCCUCCUCCAAGCCUCGCCGAAAUCGCCAAGUGCUGUCGGGCCUUACGAGUCUUGCUGGAUAUUGGGGAAGCCACAAACGCAAUUAGCUUGUGCUUAGGAAGCAGCAGCAACAGCACGAUCCACGCUGGGGGGGCAGGAGGGGGCAAUCUUUGCUGCAGCGUUAGUGCCUCCUCGCCUGCAGCCAUAGCGCCAUCAGAGCGUCCUUUCGCAUUUCUUCACGACGAGAGAACAAGGCACAGCCGAAGCCGUGCAGGAAGUGCUGCUUCUCCUGUUGAGGCUUUUUGCGACGCUCCACCCACAAACUGCGCGGCGUGCUGCUCAGCAGCUGCCUGGAGAGACGUCAGUGCUGUCCGCACCCUGCAAGGAAAAGCUCCCAAUACCAGUACAACAGCAGCAGCUACAGCAGCAGCCGCUGCAGAGAUGCAAAAAGGCGCUCAGUCCUUGUGGACGGCUCCGUGCCUCUGCUGCGCAGCGCCUUUUCCCGCACGAGCAGCAGACAAGCCUUCAGGCGAGGAUCGCGAAGCCUUCACAUCCCCUGCUGGGGACCAACCCCUCGCUGCUGCUGCCCCCUUUACUACCCCCGCUACCCCCCAGCCAUCUCAGCCUGUACUGCAAAAAAGACGGCCGACUGUCUAA